AUGUUAGGAAAAGUGCAAGUCUCACGAACUAGAACUCAGUCGAUAAGUCGCCGCGAAUACGAAGUCCUUUUGGAUGCUGUACGCUUGAUCAAAUACGAAGCCCGUUUGAGUGCUGAACCCAUUAUCAUGUCAGCAAAUGUCCAAAUCCAACCAUCUGAAUUGUAUGACAGGUCAUUUGAUAGCCGCUUCAUAACUAAAAACGAGUUGAUAUGUCGCCGCGAAUACGAAGCCCGUAUGAAUGGUUCCAAAGACACAGCAGCAAUAAAUUAUGAACGAAGCAGCAUCGCGGAAAAAUAUCGAGCGCUCAAAGCAACAGUCUCCACUGAAAACUUAGUCAUGAUUGGACCAAACGGCACAAUUGUGGCAAAGAAGGAGUUUGAGGGGAUACAAUGGUUAAACGCUGCAGUUGCCACACGUAUGCUCUUGACUUUGAUAUUCGACCAGCAGACUUUGGCCACCCACACGCUCAGCAGACUAUCGAACGCAUUCUCUUGCCCGGAUCGUCUGUCGAAGCCGUCAUUGGAUUUUGCGAAGGUCUCCGAUAUCAUUUAUUGUGUUCAAAAAAGAUUUGGUUGUACGGAAACGAAGAUUGGCUUGCUGAUCGUAACCACGUGCUCCGAUGUGGCCAGAUCGUUGAAAGGCAAGGACAUUAAAUAA